AUGGCCCAGCUUCGAAUCAAAAUGAUGGACAAAAACGUUGUCGUUAAGUUACGAAGCAAUGCCGUCACCAAAAGCACCAUCAAAACCGUCUUUAUGCUGGCCGAUGAUGCGCUCGUUACAAUGGCUUAUGAAGAAGGCGGGAUCCCGAUAUUAUGCGAGGUGGAUGAAUCUGGAAAAACGUUUUUGCUUCCGGAUGAAUGGCCAGAUAGGCAAUUUAUAGUGGAAUCCGAUCGAGUGCCGUCUCGACCUGCGACGCCGAUGGACAUUCAAGGGAUCACAACAAUCAAGGACUUUUGGGAUGGCCGAGUGUUUCGCAUUGCUGGCAACAAGUUGACAGGAACAUGUGUUUUAAUCAAUGAGCGUCAUGCUUUAACCGCUGCGCAUCUAUCCUUCAAGCUUUAUCAAUCGUACAAAAUCAAAGGAGCUGGAAAUCAAGAGUUUUCCGUCACUUGCAUUUUCAUUUGCAAACGUCUCGAUUUCGCCAUCCCGCAGUCAGAUGAUUUGCCGAUCCUGGAACCUACAAUGGGCUCUCUGGGAAGAGGCGAUAAAUACUUCAUGAUGGGCUAUCCGAACGGCGUCGAUUCUUCUAAUCCGACCAUCACAAAAGGAACCAUCGAAGGAUAUAUGGACGACUAUCUUCAUCUAGUCGGAACACCUGGUUCGAAGCGAGGCUACUCAGGCGCUCCAGUCUUUAAUGAAUCGGGAAGAUUAGCAGGACUAUUGCUCGGCGGCACAUCUGGAUUAAGUGUCAAUACGACCAUUCAAGAAUGUCUGGAUUCGUCUGGGGAUCAGAAAUACGCGCGCAUCUUAGGAAUUGGGAUCAUCAUUCUCCGUCAUAGUCAAGGCUAUUCAAGAACGGAGCCACGUUCCAUGGCGACGCAAGAGGGAUUCAAGGAGCAUCGCAACGAUUCUUGGACUGUUAACUGGUGCAACUAG